AUGUCUUCCACCUCUUGCGUGUCGCCGACAUCGAGCACGCUUCCGCGCCGACCGUCGCACCACCGCCUCGCAUCCGAGCCACGCACGACGCUCUUCGACGCCGCUUCAUCGUUCCAGACGCUCAUCGAGGCACAGGCGUGCAUCUCGUCGACCCACUCGGCGUCCUCUGAACUACUCUCGAUCGCAGAGUCGCGCUUUCCGCCCUCGACGCUGCCCAUCUCGACGCUCACCAACAUCGUCCACGCUUCCAGCGCCAGUGGCAGCGCAACGCCCUCGACCGCUUCGUCGUCCAAGUCGUCCUUCUCGUCCGCCUCGUCGCUCUCCACCUCGACAUCGGCCAUGGGUGGUGCAGCGGCCGCGACAGCGCCCGGACUUGACCUGCUCGGCAUCCUCGCCGAGGAGGUCGACUGGGAUCCGCAGCAGCGCGGAUCGCCCGGCUCGGCUCAGCUCGCACUCGUCGGCCACACGCUCCAGUCGCACCACGAGGCCAAGCAGAAGAGCUGGGCCACGCACAUCCUCGGCAGUCUCGGCCUGGUCGAGCCCGACUCGGCGCGCAAACGCAGCUUCUCGUCGCUCACCGCACCCUUCCGACCCGAGCCGUGCGAGGCUAGUGUCAAGGCUCACAUCCCGGCGCUCCUGGCCGAGCCCGAUGCCAAGCCUGUCCGCCCCCGCGCUGCAUCCAAGCCGACAAGCGCCGACCCACUCAACACCAUGGUGCUCACCAAACGCACCGCGCUCUUCUACGAGAACCUGUACGACCGCUUGUGUCCGGGCAUCGUGCCGCGUGCCUACAUCUACCCGAAGCUGGGCAGGAGGUCGCACGACCAGGACCCCACAUUUGCCGGCCUGGCGCUCUCCAUCUCGCUUCUCGGCAUGCUCGGUCUCACUCUCCCGCGCCCGACCGCGAGCGAAGACGGGCAGAGGCCAUUUGCGAUGCCUUCAAUCCCGCGCGACAAACACUCAAAGUCGAAAGGCAAACGCGAGAUCGUGGAGGAGGCAGCACGCAUCAUCGAGGCCGUGUUGGCGCUCCGACUCUCGGCGCCCGGAGGCGGUGCGGGCUUCGGCCAGGCACCGACGCUCGAGACGGCGCUCACGAGCUUCUUCCUCUCGGUGGCGCUGUACAGCCUCGACGAUGCGGCGGACGACGACGAGUGGCCGAGCCUGUGCGCGUGGCGCGAUGCAAGCUUCUUCCGCUUCUGCGAGGCCAUCACGCUCGUCAAGAUCCUCGGAUUCGACCAGCUCGCUCGACCCGCGCCGGGAGAACAGACAUCCGACGAGGUUAGCGUCGUGCUGCUGCUCGCGCGUGCCGAGAGGUGGUGGGCCGAACAACGGCCCGAGUACUUGUGCCAGCUGGAUGUGGGCCCUCGUGCGGCGCCGGCGAGGAAGCGCAGUCGAUCCGAGGCGGGCGACGAGGCUGCUCCGGCGAAACGCAACAAGCAAGAGACGCUUGCUGAGCCGUUGUCGCUGUUGAUCCCGCUCGGAUUUGCAGGCGUACGCAAGGCCUUGCUGCAGAAAUUUGUCCUGAGCAUGGAUUGCUGGACAGGCACCUGUCGGCCAGGACGCGAGUGUCGGCUAGCAGCGCACGUAGCAGUCCGGAUCCACGAUGCACUUGGUACCCUCGAGAACGUGCGCCGUCAAAAGGACAGCGACGAUCCGAUCCUCGUGGAUCUCGCAAGGCAGGUGCUGCGCGCACAGCUCUGGACCGCUUGUCUCAACCACGGCCUUGUCGAUCCGCGUGCAGAGGCGCCGCUGCGCCCCGACCAGCCCCUCCACGUCGCACUCGAUACGCUCGACCUGCUGGAAGAUCUGCACCACCUCUUGCGCCUCCAGCACUCUACCAGCGCCGUUGCAGAUGCGGUGCGAGAGGCGCUGCACACCAUCCGCGAAUGCGUCGCCCUGCUGCCGACAGGCAAGUUCGCCACGCAUCCAUUCGCGUUUGAGCAGAUCCAGGCAGGUGACGAGGGCGACUCGCCCCAGCCCGACUCGCCAUCGAGCGACGACGACCAUCACGCCUCAAACUCGACCACCAUCACGCGUGCGGCACAGUCGGUCAUGGACAACCUCGACCGCUUCCUCCAGCGCCAAGUCACUUAG